AUGGCCGAGAGCAGCGCUGCUGAUAGCGUCGAAAAGUCGGCAAACCCGCCGACUUCGGUUGACGACAAUGAAACAAAGGCGGUCCCCGUUGACAACCAAGCCGAUAGUGACGGCCCGGCCAAGAAGGACGUCAACGCGCGACCCGAGAGGGAGGCAACCGCAGGCGACUACUUCCGCGUCUUCACCUACGCGACAAAAUGGGACUUUGUCCUGAUGGCCGCUGCCGCCAUCGCCAGUCUCGCCGCGGGCACCACCCUGCCACUGAUGAAUAUCGUCUUUGGCAGGCUUGUCGUCGACUUUAACACCUUCUCGACGCCAAACUCCCCGGCGAGCGACGAAUUCUCGAGCAACGUCAACCGCCUGUCCCUCUACAUAUUCGCCCUCUUCAUUGCCCGCUUCGGGCUGAACUAUAUCAACAAGUUCUGCUUCCGUCUCAUUGGCAUCCGCAUGUCGGCGGCCAUUCGGCUGCACUACAUCCGCUCUCUCUUCAGCCAGACCGUCCAUGUCCUCGACUCGAUGCCCUCGGGCGCCGCAGCGAGCACCAUCACCUCGACCGCCAACACGCUGCAGCUCGGCAUUUCGGAGAAGCUCGGCACUUUCCUCGAGUUCCUUUCCGUCAUCGUUACCGCCAUCAUCAUUGCCUUUGUCUACAGCUGGUCCCUGACGCUCGUGACGGCUUCCGUUAUCCUGUUUAUCUCCCUCGUCAUUUCCAUUCUUUUGCCCUUCAUCAUCAAGGGGCAGUCGAGGCUGACCAAGGCAGACGCCAAGGGCACCUCGGUGGCGACCGAGGCCUUUGGCACCAUUCGCAUGAUCACGUCGUGUGGCGCCGAAGCCCGCAUGAGCGAGCGAUAUGCUCAGUGGGUAAAGAAGGCCAAGCAGGCCACCCUCUUCACCUCGCCUUUCAUGGCGGCCCAGUUUGGCUUGAUCUUCUUUGGUCUGUACGGCGCCUUCGCGCUGGCGUUUUGGUUCGGCAUGAAGUCGCAGAUCGAAGGGCGCAUCGACAACAUUGGCACGGUCAUUAUCGUGCUCAUGUCGGUAAUGCUCAUGGUUAUCUCUUUGGAGCGCAUCUCAACCCCUCUGAUCGCCGUCUCCAAGGCCAUGGUGGCCGCCGCCGAGUUCUUCGCCGUCAUCGACGCACCCAAGCCCAACAUGGGCACGCUGAAAGAGCCCGAUGUUUCGGCCGACCAGGAUAUCGUAUUCGAAGACGUCCACUUCGCCUAUCCUAGCCGUCCGUCGAAAAAGGUCCUCGACGGCUUGAAUCUCCGAAUCACUGCCAACUUGAACACGGCCAUCGUGGGUCCCAGCGGCUCUGGCAAGAGCACCAUUGUCGGGCUGAUUGAGGGUUGGUACACGCUGCAUGACCAGUUCGUAAUUGCCAAGGCCGUCGAGAAGGACAAAAAGAAGAAGGGGAAGGACGAGAAGGACAAGAAGAAGGACAAGAAAGAUGAUGACGAUGAAGAGGAUGAGGCGGAUGCUGCUGCCCCGCUGGAAGCAGAAGAUACGGGCCCUCCGGUCGAGCUGAAGGGCAGCAUAUCGACAUGUGGAACGCAGCUCGGGGACAUCGACAUCAAGUGGUGGAGGUCGCAGAUCGGCCUCGUGCAGCAGGAACCCUUCCUCUUCAACGACACCAUUUUCCGCAACGUUGCAGCCGGCCUAAUUGGGACCCAGUGGGAGAAUGAGUCAGAUGAGGUCAAGCGCGAACUCGUCAAGGAGGCCUGUGCUGAAAGUUUUGCUGACGAGUUCAUCGACCGCUUGCCGGACGGCUACGACACCAAAGUUGGUGAUUCAGGCGCCAAGCUGAGCGGUGGACAGCGUCAGCGGAUCGCCAUUGCCCGCAGCAUCAUCAAGAAGCCAAAGAUUCUCAUCCUCGACGAAGCCACCUCGGCCAUCGACGUGCGCGGAGAGCGGAUCGUGCAGGCGGCUCUGGAGAGGGCCUCGAAGGGCCGUACCACCAUCACAAUCGCACACCGGCUGUCGACCAUCAAAAAUGCCGACCGCAUCUGCGUCUUGCAGAACGGGCGCGUGGUCGAGGAGGGGACCCACGACAGCCUGCUUGAAAACGAGUUGGGCGUCUACUACGGGCUCGUGCACGCCCAGAAGCUGUCGCUCGGCGAGGACACGGGCGAGGAGCUCCAGCACGAGGAAGACAUCGGCGCUGUUCUCGCGCGCGAAAAGAGCGCGGCUAAGUCGGUGGCGGAGAGCGCGACGCAAGUCGCCAAGUGGAAGGAGCGGAACCUCUUAAACGGGUUUGGAAAGCUCAUGUACGAGCAACGCAGCCGGUUCCCCUUCUAUGCUAUUGCCCUCAUUGGCGCCAUGGGUGCCGCCGCGGCCAUACCCCUCCAAGCUUACCUCUUUGCCCAAGUAGUAAGCGUUUUCCAGGUUCCGGACCUGGAUGAAGCUGCCUUCUGGUCAACCAUGUGGACUGCCCUCGCCGCUGGGAUCGGAUUUAGUUAUUUCCUCACCGCGUUCGUUUCAACCAACUUGGAGGGCUACAUCGCGGCUGUCUAUCGGCAGGAGUACUUUGAGUCAAUCAUGUUUCAGCCGACAUCCUAUUUCGACAAAGAUGAUAACGCGACCGGCCAGCUGACUUCGCGUCUCUCGAGUGACCCGCAGGCGCUGAAGGAGCUGCUGGGUAUUAACUUGAUGAUGCUGCUCGUCGGCAUCUUCUCCCUGGCAGGUGCGCUAGCCAUCUCGUUUGCCUACGGUUGGAAGUUGGCGCUGGUCGCCCUCUGCGUGACGGUCCCGCUUGGCGUCCUGGCCGGCUACUUCAGAGUCCGGUACGAGCUGCAGUUCAACGCCAUGAACGAGGCCGUGUUCCAAGAGAGCUCCAAAUUCGGCGCCGAGUCGAUCGGUGCCUUCCGGACGGUUACCGCCUUGGUCAUGGAAGACAGCAUCUGUGACCGGUACCAAGAGCUGCUCAACGGCCAUGUCAUGGCGGCGUUCAAGAAGGCCCGGCUCACGACCGUGAUCUUUGCCUUUGCCGACAGCGUCAGCUUGGCCACCCAGGCCCUCAUCUUCUGGUACGGCGGCCAGCUGCUCUUAUCGGGGGAGUACGACGUCAUCGCCUUCCUUGUCACCUACAUGGCCGUGAUCCAGGGCGCUGAAUCGGCCGGCCAGUGGCUGAGCUUCGGACCCAACGCGGCGCAGGCUUCCGCGGCGGCAAACCGUAUCUUGCAGGCGCGCGAGACGCGCAUCAAAGACUCGGUCUUGCAGUCGGAGCAGAUCCCCGAGACGGACGGCGGCGUCAAGAUCGAGCUCAAGGACGUCUACUUCAAGUAUCCCACCCGCGACGUCUCCAUCUUCAAAGGCCUGAACCUCACCAUUGAAAAGGGCCAGUUCGCCGCCCUGGUCGGCGCGUCCGGGUCCGGCAAGACGUCCAUCAUCAGCCUGCUGGAGCGCUUCUACGACGUGAACAAGGGCCAGAUUCUGUUCAACGGCAAGGACAUUACCGAGAUGAACGUCUACGAGUACCGCAAGCUCCUGUCGCUGGUGGCGCAGGAGCCGUCGCUGUUCCACGGCACCAUCCGCGAGAACAUCCUGCUGGGCGUCGACCCGGCGUCGGUGACGGACGAGCAGCUGCACCAGUGCUGCAAGGACGCCAAUAUCCACGACUUCAUCGUGUCGCUGCCCGACGGGUACAACACCAACAUCGGCAGCCGUGGUGUCAGCCUGAGCGGCGGGCAGAAGCAGCGGCUGUCUAUUGCCCGCGCUCUCAUUCGGAAUCCGCGCGUGCUGUUGCUGGACGAGGCCACGAGCUCGCUGGACUCCGAAAGCGAGAAGCUCGUGCAGGCUGCGUUUGAGCGUGUCGCCAAGGGCCGCACGACGGUCGCUGUGGCACAUCGUCUUGCCACGAUCCAGGGUGCAGACAUCAUCUACGUCCUUGGCGAGGGCAAGGUGCUUGAGAAGGGCACCCACGCCGAACUGCUCAAGCAGAAGGGCGUGUAUUGGCAUAUGUGCCAUAACCAAGCCCUUGACCGGUAG